AUGGCCAACAAUACACUGAGCGUUCCUUCGCUCGAGACGCUCCAUCCAGAGCCAAAGAUCUCUCGUCGCGCGCCAAAUCGCUCGACCCCUAGCGAAAAGCCACAGACAUCCAUCCUUCAUCGUCUCCGAAAAUCAUCUAGUAAGCAAUUAAAGCAGCAGCAACAACAACGACAGCCUCAGGAUCACCAAUCUUCUCAGGUACAGCACACACACCUUCUAGUCAGACCUCCACCACUGGACCUGAAUAAAUCCACAGAUACCUCCCCUACUAUGGCUCAAUCCUCUCUUCCUUCUGCACCAUGCUCACCUGCCUCAUCCAUCUCCUUCAACUCCUCUUCUUCUUCUUCUCCUUCUUCUUCAUCUUCAGACCUGCACGAGAAUCUUGAAAGUCACGAACAUGACCAUGCCCAUGACAAUGCCCAUGGAUCAUCGCGUCGAUCAUCCAAAGACUCGACCUCGUCUCAGUCCUCUACCGUCCCACGCACUUCAUCCCAUGGAAACUCUUUGGCCCGUUUGAAGCAAUCAUUCUCUUUGAAGGUGAAAGGCCGACGCGUCGGAACUGAUCCUGAACCCUCCCCUGCCUCUGACCCUGUCCCCAUUCCUAUUGUUACUUCUACUUCUACUUCUACAACUACCACUACUAUCGUUCGCAAUAGUAGUAAAACUGGCGCAACGGAGAAAGCCCCUUUACCGAUCACUAUGAAGGCUAGCAACCAGGCUUCUCCAACGGUCGAUUCAUUCUCUAGAAAGAAGAGCACUCUGAAGCGAUGGCAAAACAGAGGUGCAACCAAAUUAAAAGAUUGGUUGCAUAUUCAGCAACAUCCUUAUCCUAAUGAUCAAAACCAAAGCCAAAACCAAGGUCAAGGUCAAGGUCAACACCACCGACAUCACCUCGUUCGCCACCCCUCGCGACGCGAGACUCCCUCGUUUGCACCACCACUAACACCACCCUCAUCACCCUCUCUCCGCCCGGUCAUUGGUACUGAUAACAACAGCAAGGAAAUUGUUGAUGAACAGAUCAAUAUCGUUGCACAAGAGCCCGAAUUCUUGGAUACACAUUUGCUCUCACCCAAUGUAGAAAUCCCAACAGCCACCAUUGAAGGAAUGUUUGCUCUUCAGACCGUUUCGCAGGACGAAAAUCAUGCUCAUGAUCUCAACAACCACGUCACCAAUGAUAACGACGACACCGUCCCGGUUCAUCGCCGUACAUCAUCAUCCGACCGUCCAUUAUUCGCUUAUUCUUCUCAUUAUCAAUCUGCACAAGAGUACCAACGCACUCAUCGCCGUCGACGUAGUGACAUUGGCCCCUCAUUGUCUCACAAGAAAGUAUCUGCCUCUGUGGCGGCAGCAGGACCAGGCCGUAUCCCACCUCGAUCCUCAUCCUUACCCCGUUCAUUUGGUCCGAGAAGAAGUAGCUCCCAUAAUUUGCCUACUUUGAACAAAACCAGGGCAUCACAAUCAAUCUCAACCGAACAUCACAAAGAUAAUGACAUCGAGCACUCUAUUCAUGAUCAAGAUGAUUACUUAGAUGAGUCUGAUCCAUACAAUCAGAUAUAUCCACAAAGUACUACCAUCCUGGAAGACGUUCUCGAAGACAAUGUUGAAGAACAGGAACUGGGAUCAGAACUACGACUGAAGCUGCAGGAACAGGAGCCGGCCCUUUGUCUCGAAUACCCUUCAGAAACUGUUGCCCUUGAGCAAGUCAUAGUUGAGCCAAUCACACCACCAUCAGACCAACGGGUAGUAACUGUCGACGACUUGCUGGAUCAAGUUGACGAGCAUCUGAAACACAAUGUGGCUCAACAACUCCAUAGAAUGGCCCAUCCACCCCAUCGUCGUCGUCUACAUGUUCGUUCACUCCCUAGGCGUCAACUAUGGGCAAAAUUGGAGCUGAAACGUCGCGAAAAGAAAAACUGCAAGGCUUCAAAGAGCCAAGACAUGAAAUCCCCAAGGAGCCUACAGAUAAUCAAAAAGAUCCAAAUCAACGCAACAUCAGAGAAGGAGGAAGAGGAGGACGCGAACAGCGAUAGUGAUUCGCUGGAGAUGUUAUCUGUUGGAUCCUCAUCCUCUCAGAGUGAUGUAGAAUCAACCAUGUUUGAGUUAUUCAGGGCCAUCGAUGAGGCCAUAGACGAGACUUCCGAUACCUCUUUUAGUCUGUCUUCAAGCGACGAUGACGGUGAAGACCAAGAAGAGGACCAAGACUAUGCACAUGGCCAUGGACACAUAGAGUCGAUGAUGGAUCCAGAUGACGACAACGACAACGACUACGACUAUGACUAUGACUAUGACUACGAGAGGAUGGAUCGUUCUUUUUGGUCAUCUUCAUCUUGUACACUUCAUGAUGCAGUACUACCUGAAACAGAGCAAGCAGCGAAAAUGACGGAUCUCACAACGAUAACAACAACAACAAGAGAUGAUGAUGAACCUCUCCUUUCAAGAAAAAAAGGUGAACAUCAUUCUUUGGUUGUGGCCACGACUAACAACAACAAUAGCAGUAACUCUCGAGGCAUUGUGAUCGGUACUCUCGAAUCUAUGUAUCCAACGACCAGUACUCGGUGGUGUCGCCAGUCUGGACCAUGCACCCUUGCUGUCAUUGACUUUUGGUCCACAGAGCCCCACUUGAAAGAGCCGUUGGGUCUUUAA